AUGCGGCUAAAUUGUGAAGUAUCAAUUGUAAAUCGAUUAGGCCCUUCGUUUAGUAUGCGAAACUCAAGCAAACCAGCCCGUGCCUCAUUAGCAAUCGGGCGCAAAGAAUCUUCCAAGAUUGCUGCAGGUACAGCAGAGAAGACUGUGUUUCUUCUGGUUUGCACUGCGAAAGAGAAAAAUGGAGCAAGAUACAAGGUUUGUACAACGUUGAUUUACGUAAAUCCUCUAUUAAGCUGCCCGGGGGCUUAUUUUUCCAAGCACUUUUGAGGGGGCUUAAUAGAGAGGGGGGCUGAUUUAAUUUAGCGAAACGCAUCAACGGCAGCAAGGUUUCUCGAGGACGGACUUGUGGUUACCGGACGCUAUACUGCUUUUUCUAACAAUAAGAAAAUGGUAACAAUUCUCCACAGACAACUAGAGCAUAAAUUUGAAAAAGUUAAGCACAUGAAGUUGGAGGUCAUACGGCCGAAGACCAACAACAAUAUAAAUUUCCAGCCUGAAUAAACCAUAACUGAUAAGUACAUGUUGAUUAUUUGUGAAGAAUAAGGAUGGAGGGGGACGGGGGGGGGGGGUUAUUAGAGAGAGGGGCUUAUUAACUUUCCUCCUCUGAAAAGGGGGGGCUUAUUAGAGAGGGAGGGAUUAUUUAAGAGGGAGGGCUUAAUAGAGGAUUUACGGUAAUCUAAAGCUAGUGUUUCAAUUGAUCUUUAAUAACGUUAUGCUUUCUCAAUAGAUCAAAGAAAAUCUUCAGCAAGUCUUCUCAAAGUUCGUUGAAAAAGGAAAAGCAACAAUUCGUUUAAAAGAGCCUCCACAUGAUCUGCUCAUAAACAAGGUAAAAGCGUGUGAUUUCUCCUUACCUUGUCACUGCAUAACAGGCAUUACAAUGAAUGACAAUCGAGGAUAUGAUCCAAAAAUGCUCAGGGCUGUCAACCCCAUGCUUAGCACUGAAAAGUAUAGGCACUAUAUAAAUAUUAUUUUUUAUUAUUAUUUUUACUAUUUAUUAUUAUUAUUAACACCAAGGGAUGAUGAUGUCAUAACAUACAGCACAUGACGACAUUUGUACAAAAAGUUAGUACCCAUCGCCACAAAUUUACAAUGACACAGAAUGCUCGAAAAAGAUGUUGGCAUGUAACAUUUGACCUGGUCAGUGUGAUGUCCGGGCGAUUUUUACCGACUGAAGAUCUACAUGUAGAUCUGAUUUGGUUUACUUCACAUCAAUCUCAUUAAUGCUUAUAAUUUAUUACAAUGGCAUACUGGAGAGUAUGAUUGACGUUAACAGUAAAAUAGCUCAAACAACGCAAAAAAUAUGAAAUUUUAUUCCGGAAAGUCUAGCAAACUUUGGCGAUUAUCCAGGAGAUUUCAGGCUCUAAUCUGGAGAGUGGGAGAUACGGUCCAAAAUCUGGAGUCUCCCAGAUUAUCCGGGAGAGUUGACAGCGAUGAGUGCUGCAAGAUUUUUACAGCAAGCCAAAGAGCCCCAAAGUGUGACCUUCUUUAAUUAAUUCACAUCCUUUCAUACAGACAUUAACCAAUCAGAAGUCGAGGACAGUUUCCAGCUGGCUUCUGAUUGGAUUAAAACUGUACAAAAGAACGUGAAUAAAUUAAAAGAAGUCACACUUUUGGGCUUCUUGCUGUAAGUGAGAGAGAGAGGAGGAAUGCUUGUCCUGGCCUUGAGGUAUUAGGGUAGUCUCCCUCGCAGCCAUUUCUAGUGUCAUCAUGAGGAGGCAUUAAGAAAAGGAAGGCCUGCAAUUGAGAAAAAUACAUUUUGACCCUUUGACUCUCUGUAUGGUCCAAAAAUGGGGUGGAGGGCACUUCCCAUUUAUAUGCCACUCCUUUUGUUGAGAGAGAUGUUGUACAGUUUGUUGUAUUUUUCACAACAUCACAAAGAAAAACUUUGAGUGUUGCCGCAAAGAAAAAUUAUUAAUGUUCUGAGUUCUCUACUUGAUAUGAACGAGAGGCCUCCCAGAACACUGCCUACCCCUGAGCUGUACAGAACUCAUGAUGAACUCAACUAGAAACAUGUUCGGAUCUUGUUUACUGUGGGUAAUGUCGACCGAGAUAUUGGUCGAUAUAGCGGUCGACACUCGGUCGAUAGUCGGUCGACACUCGGUCGACAGUCGGUCGAUACUCGGUCGGCACUUGGUCGAUAGUGGGUCGAGACACGGCCGAUAGUCGUUCCAGAUGUGUCUCGGCCGAUUUAGCUUUUCGUUCACCGACAUUUCACCGACACUUCGCCAAUAGUUGGUCGAUACUUGACCGAUGUGUCGGUCAGUAAUUGGUCGACACUCGGUCAAUGGUCGGUCUACACUUAGCAUUUCCUACAUUUUCCUACAUUUUUGUGGGACCACAGGAGCAGCAGAUUCAACUUAGGCUGAGACAGGUUCUGUUUAACAGCUAAAACUCAGACGAUCGGUGAUGAUACAAACUGGAAAAAAAAAGGGUUAUCAUGUCCUUAGUUCCCAGUGCUCUUCGGUUCUCUUCAUAGCGUAAUCGCGCCUUGCACUGUCACAUGUUCCCCAUCGCAUGAUAACAGUAAUAAAUGACGUCUUUGGUUAAAAAAAAGCCAUUGGACUCACCUGAUAAAUUAACACACGACUAAUAUUCGAACGACAGUUGACCGAUAUACCACCGACAGUUGACCGAUAUACCACCGACAGUUCACUGAUAUACCACCGACAGUUGACUGAUAUACCACCGACAGUUGACCGAUAUAUCACCGACAGUUGACCGAUAUGUCACCGACAUAUGACCGAUAGUAAGUCAAGGUGCGUCGACGAAAUAUCGACCGAUACUCGGCCGAUAGUCUAUCUCACUAUCGACCGACCAUCGACCGACUGUCGACUGCUAUAUCGACCGCUAUGUCGACCGAUAUCUCAGUCGACAUUACCCACAGUAAACAAGAUCCACAUGUUCUACUGUGUAUAACUGUUAGCUUCACAGGCUCAUUAAUGUGAGGUGUAAAACUAAUCAUCAUCUUGUCUUGUAAUGGCACACAAUUUUUAUUCAUUAUAAUUAUUGUUAAGUGAAACAUGGCUUACUUUGAUGUGCAACAUAAAAAUUAUGCAGAAAAAAUAGAAAGCAGCAGUAACUUUUUCAAAACUUGAGUGAACAACUUCUUUUUUAGGCUGAUCCAUCAAGCCUCAAAUCAUUCCUGUCCAUUCUUAAACUUGGAGACAAGGAACUACAAAAGGUGAAACUGAUGGGUCUGACACCUGCCAAAGCAUCAGACAUUGAAAAACCUAAAACUGAAAUGACAAUCACGAGACGCUGUGAUUAUCCCCUUGGAAAACCUUUUCCAAGCACCCUGAACAAGUUAUCCAUUAGCAACUGUGCACUACUGCGGAUAGAGGCGCGCAUAUUACAGAUUAAAAGUCUGGCAUGUUUAAACUUUGCCAAUAACCAGUUAAAGGAAAUUCCAUGCAGAAUGGCAAGACUGUCAACGUUAUCUGAACUGGUUCUACAUGGGAAUAGGAUUAGAGAGUUUCCUACAGCAUUGUGUAAUGGAGUAAUAACAUCAUCUUUGAGGCUGUUAGAUCUCAGCCAGAAUGAAAUCAAGCUGCUUCCUGUAGCUUUUUCCAACUUCAAAAACCUUGUUCAUCUUAAACUUGAUAGAAACCAGCUUCAUAUGCUACCAGUGAAUAUUGGAAAGCUGUCAAGUUUACGCUUCCUUAGUGUAAGUCACAAUCAGCUCACAGUUUUGCCCCACAGUUUAUCUAAACUAAAACUGGAGUCAGUGGAUGUGUCUGAGAACCCAUUUCUUCAUCAAAACAACUGGAACAUUGUCAACAAAUUAGCUGUGCCCUCAUUACAGGAGUGUUCUGGGAUUGCUGUAAAAAAGCACAGGUAAAAUAAUCUUUUUAUUUUAGUACUUUAGUACUUGUUGUUGUUUUCUUUGUACAUGUAUUGUAACCAAAUAAAUUAAUUCAUUAAUUCAAUAAGCGUGUAGAUAAUGACUUAGCAUGUGUUACGUGUAUUAGGAAAAGUAAUUUAUGAAUCACAACUUAGCCAAUAAAGGUACAGUAAGUGUAGCCUAAAAUGGUUUCUUAUUUCUCCUUGUGCCCUAAAACCUGACCAGGUGGGGAGGGGGUAGUGUAGGUGGAGUUUACCUCCUUAGUACCUUAUUAUAGGAAAUUAACGCUCCAUGAAAUUAACGCGAAUCAUUAAAAUUCGCGUUAAUUUAAGUCGCGUUAAUUUUGUUGAGCGUUAAUUUCUGCGACGUUAAUUAAGUGCAGCGUUAAUUUCUGUGCUCUUAAUUUCCAGUAUUUUAACCUUAAUUUUGGAACCUGUCCAGACAUUCUUGACACCUAAAAAACAUUAACUACAAGCUUUCUUUCUUUCCAUUGACCCUUUAUUUUUCAUCUUUCACAAAAGCUUAAAGGAGAAGGUUUACAAAAUUUCGAGUUCAUGUUCAUCAUUGUCGCUGUCAGAAGUGAGGUCAAUAUCUUCUCCUUUGAUUUCGGCCAAGAUAGAUUUCAAAUCGUCAGCAUAGUCUUUCUCAACAGAAUAUGAGAAUCGCGUUAAUUUCCUUUAUUAUGAAAUUCUACCUCCUCUUUCGCGUUAAUUUUCUUUAUUCGAAAGUCGUUUUCCUUUAAAUUCGCGUUAAUUUAAGUCGCGUUAAUUUCCAAUACCUUAAUUUCAUGGAGCGUUAAUUUCCUAUAAUAAGGUAACCAGCCAACCUCUGCAUGAGGCUCAGAAGUGGGUGACUGGACACUACAUCUAACAACCAAUUGAAAACAACUGAUUUUUACCAAAGACUGACUAAUGAUAUGACAGUUUCUCAGCAUUAGUGGUAAGCCUGUACUGUCAGGACAAAUAAAAUUGUUUAGGGCUCACAAAAAAAAUCUUGUUUGAUCGUCUGUCACUUAACCACUCCUGACUUAGACCAGGAUGCAACAUUUGAGCACUUCUUGCCCUUAGAAUGAGCUUGAAUUAAGUACAUUUUUAAGCUUUGUCAUUGGAUACUGGACAUUGUUAAGGAUUUAUAUUACUGAACAAAGUACUUGUCUCUGUUUUAGGUGGUCAUAUUCUUCAGAAAUCAUUCCUCUGUCUCUUUGUGUGUUUCUGGAUGGUGCAAAACAGUGUCUGUGUGGAAACUACUGUUUUGCAUCUUGUAUUCACCACAUUGUGACUAUCAACAUUCAACAACUUGCACAUGCAGUAGUGUCUGUGUGUUCAACCCAAAACCACAUACCUGCUGAGGGGUUUCUCUGUUCCAGAAAGUGCCUUCAAAGAUUACAAAGCAGCAGGACAGGGCAGUGGAGGUAG